AUUCAGUUGUCAUCCUGUUGUAAUUAUUAGGUCGUUUGUGCGUCGUUUUGUACUGAGGUUAUUCUUUGUUUUUUGCUGUGAAAACGGAUCGAACCCCCGCAUGGACAAAAAAGAAAACGGAGAAAUAAUCACUGUAAUUUACUGAUACUCGUUAUUCAAGGAUGUGAUCAUAAAUGUCAUAAGAACAGCUCGGGGCUUUGUAGCUGAUCUGUAGGCAAAGACAUCUGAGAAACUAAUAUUACAAGAUGACAUCAAUGUUUGACCAAUAUGAACAAGCUUCACAACGUUUCAAAGGCACAGGGGGUUCAACAAUUCGACCUGAGAUGAGCACGACGGGGUUCAUACAUAUGAAGCUAGAGGAGGAGCCCCCAAUUUUCAGCAAACAGAAGGUGAACUUCUCACCAAAGGACCGCAUCACUCAUCUGGCAGUGAGCAGUGAAUUACUUGUGCUCACCAUGGCGAACAACAUCCUGCUGAGGAUAGAUCUAAGGAAGCCCGACAACUCCCAGGAGAUCGAGCUGGGAAAGUAUAUGUCACAUUUGAAGCUGAAUGACUUAUUUUUGGAUCCCUUGGGGCAUCAUUUACUGCUGAGCUUCUCCUCAAGAAACACAGAGACUCCUGCAGAACUUCUCUACUUGUCCCACAAGACCACUAAACUCAAACAGCCAAACAAAUUCAAAGGGCAUGAAAUAACAGCUGUGGGUUGGAACUUUGGAAAUGACUCCGACAUUACAACUGGUCCCAUCCUUCUUGGCACAUCCAAGGGGCUCAUAUUUGAGACAGAGAUUGCCCUGGAUGGAGAUCGAAUCUUCCAGUCAAGCUUGGAGCAGUACUGGAGACAGCUGCCGACCUACCUGCCUCUGUAUGGAGCUCGAGAGGCAGACGGACUGGUGUUUGACAUUGGUAAAGGUGACAACACACCGAUCACAGGGCUGGAGUUCCACCGGGUGCCUGAUUCAGAGAAAUACUUUGUCCUCGUAACAACCCCAAACCGGCUGUACCAGUUCAUUGGCUACGUGACUAACUCAGAUGAGAAACCGCUCUUACAGCAGAUCUUCAAUAGUUACCUCACCGUUCCAGAGAGCUUUCAAGAUAUUCCAAGUUCUCUCAAGUAUUCCAGACUGCAGUUCUAUUAUCCAAAUCCCAAAGGACUACCUAAAACCUUUGCUUGGCUAACAGAACCAGGAAUUUUCUAUGGACAGUUGGAUAUGAGUGGCCGUGACUCCGUUAUGACCAACAGCCAGUUACUGCAGUACAUUCCACCAAACUCAGGAGCACCUCUUGCAUUUGUCAUCACUGAGUUCCAUGCCCUCCUGCUGUAUGCUGAUCAUGUGAAGGGCAUUUCACUCCUGAAUCAUGAACUUGUGUUUGAGGAUGUCUACAAUGAGUCAUUUGGGAAGCUAGUGAACAUCACACAGGAUCCAGUCAAGGGUAUCAUCUGGGUGUUCACUGAGAAAGUAGUGUUUCGAUAUAAAGUUUGCCGUGAAGAGAGAAAUGUCUGGCAGGUGUAUGUGGAGAAGGGUGAGUUUGAGCUGGCCAAACAGUACUGCAAGGACAAUCCUGCACACAUUGACCAGGUUCUUGUCAAACAGGCGGAGAUGUACUUCAACAACAAACAGUAUGAAAAAAGUGCUGUCCAUUAUGCAGAGACACAGUCAUCUUUUGAGGAAAUCGCCCUGAAGUUCCUGCAGGUGUGGCAAAUAGAGGCACUGAAGACGUUCCUGAAAAAGAAGUUGGAAGGCCUGAAACAUCAGGACAAGACACAGAUAACAAUGAUUGUUAUCUGGGUGAUUGAAUUGUUCCUGAAUCAGCUGGGUACAUUGCGAGAUGAAGGGAUGGAGAACAGUGCUGAAUAUGUGAGCCUACAGAAGGAGUUGGACUCGUUCCUUGCUCGCCCACAGGUCACGGAAUGUGUGAAGAACAACCGCAGUACAGUGUAUGACCUAAUGGCAAGUCAUGGAGACAAGCAUAACCUCAUUAAACUCACCAUAAUGAACAAGGAUUUUGAACGAGUUAUACGCCAUCAUAUUCAUAAGAACAACUAUCUUGAAGCUCUGCAUGUACUGAAGAGCCAGAACAGAAAGGAACUGUUCUACCAGUUUGCACCAGCUCUCAUGCAGUUUGUGCCAAAGCAGAUGGUUGAUGCACUCAUCAGUCAGGGGAGAGGACUGAGUCCUGCCAAGCUGUUGCCUGCUCUUGUUACCAUAGAUGAUGACCAGGCUGGAGAGGCAGUUCGCUACCUGGAGAACUGUGUGCAUUCACUGGGGUGCCAGCAGCAGGCUAUACACAAUUACCUUCUGUCUCUCUAUGCUCGCCUAAAACCUCAGAGCCUCAUGGACUAUCUGGCAAUGCAAGGUCAGGAUGCCAGCAUGGUAUGUUAUGACAUCCAUUAUGCACUGCGUCUGUGUCAGGAGAGGAACCUCACUGAGGCGUGUGUCCAGCUGUCAGCCCUUCUGGGCCUGUGGGAAUCGGCAGUUGACCUUGCACUUACUGUUGAUGUGAAGCUGGCCAAGCACACUGCCAGUUUACCUCAGAAUGAUCCUGAGCUUAGGAAGAAACUCUGGCUGAAGAUUGCCAAACAUGUGGUGAGGGAGAAGGAUGACAUCCAGCAGGCGAUGCAGUUCUUGCAGCAGUGUGACCUCAUCAAGAUUGAAGACAUCCUACCCUUCUUCUCAGACUUUGUCACCAUUGACCACUUCAAGGAUGCCAUAUGCACUUCUCUUCAGGAGUACAAUCAGCAUAUUCAGGAUCUCAAGGAAGAGAUGGAGGAGGCAACCAAGUCAGCACAAGUCAUCAGGGAAGAGAUACAGGCAUUCAGGAACAGGUAUGCAUUCGUAGAGGCACGAGAUGGGUGUUCAAUAUGCGAACUACAGUUGCUAAUGCGGCCAUUCUAUCUGUUCCCCUGUGGUCACCGCUUCCACUCUGACUGCUUGCUAACUGAACUCAAUCCAAUGUUACCACCACGCAAGAGGAACAAACUGCAUGACCUCCAGAGACAGCUAGCCACAUUUUCAGCACGAGAUGACAAUGUAUCUAUGGGAUCAGCAACACUAUCAGCGCGAGACCAAGUCAAAUCGGACAUUGACAGCAUCAUUGCCUCUGAAUGUCUAUACUGUGGCGAAAUGAUGAUCAGAGCAAUUGAUCGACCGUUCAUAGAAGAUGAAGACUAUGAGCAGGUGAUGAAAGAGUGGGAAUAAGACAUGGCAAGCAGCACAGUGUCAUUCAUCUGUUUACUGCCAUCAGCAUGUGAACCUGGUACCUUCAUUCUUGUGUCCAUACUAUCAGUUUGCAGCCUGCUUACAGUUACUGUAUUUUGUACACUUGUUGAAGAAGGGGCUCAACACCAGACCAUUCACAUUUGCUUUACAUUCCUUUAAAAUAAUUUGUCUUCAUUUCAGUGUUCAGAAAUCAUACAAUUCUGUUUGUUGAACCAAAAAUGUAAAAACUACAUGAAAAAAAAACUAGUUAAAAGUUUAUUAAAGAUUAAAAUAUACAAAACUGUAA